UGGCGGACGAGCGAAGGUUUGAAGGCACACAAACUUAAAAGCUGUUUUUCUUGAAGACUGCUAAUUAGAAUUAUGGUAUCCAGUUGAUGUUUUUAAAGACCAUGGAGGUCAGCAGGGAGGAAGCAAAAAGGAUUCUGAGAAGAUUAGAACUUGAAGCCUAUUCUUCAAUAGUCAGCACAUUCAGAGCACAAGGAGAUUUGAACCGUGAAAAAAAGAAAUUAUUGACAGACCUUGGCAUUCAUCUAAGCAUAUCAACUGAGCGACAUAGAGCUGAAGUUCGUAGAGCCUUUAGUGAUGACAGACUUGGAGCUGUUGCCGAGUGUAUUGUUGGUCCCAGUACAUGUUCUGAAUGGGCAGCAGAAGGGCGCCGGCUUGUACCUCUCAUGCCUCGCCUGGUGCCACAGACCAUACUGAGUGGUACAGCAACUGCUUCAGCAAAUGCUGCUGCUGCAGCUAAUGCACAAGUCUCCGCACAAGUAAAAAAGACAGCUGUUGGCAAUUCUUUGGUGUCGUCCACCACAAGAGAGACUUCUUUUAACAGUAGUACCAGUGGGCCAUCGUCUGUAAAACCAUCUCCAGUAAAACCACUUGCAAGACAAAGUUCUGAGACCAUUGAUGUGGAAUAUGACAGUGAUGAUAACAAAGCAAAGAAAAAGCGCAAACUAAGUCAAAACGUUACUGUGGCUAAACCUUCUCCUAAGAUGCUAUUGAACGCAACUUCUGUUGUUAACAAACAAGGCACCAAAACUAACUCUGUUAGUACCAGCACCAUGACAAAAGUUGGAAAACAACCCUUGACAGCAGGGAAUGUCAAGGCAACACAGAAACUAAUGCUUCCUGCUUCAGCAUCCCAGGUCAAGUUGCUGACUAAAACUGUUUCCAUUACUCAGACGGUUUGCCAAGCAAAGACUGUGUUAAAUUACAAGACUGUUGCAGCCCCUGCAGCAGUGAAGGUCCAAACUGUGAUGAGCCACACAGCUCCCAAAACACAAGUAAAGGUUGCCAUUCCAUCAAAAAAUGUGCUUGUUCCAAAACCCAGCGUAUCCACUAGCCCAUCUAAGUCUGUUACGUCCCCUAUUAAGGCAGGCAUCACAAUGUCACACCUUGCGGCCAAGCAAAGAGGAAAACAAACAGCAAGAUUCAAGCCUGUGCCUGGGACAGUCAAAUACAAACCUGUGACUCCAGCUACCAAGGAAACUACUGCUGUAACUAUGGCAACAACAAGCUCCAACAUUACAACCUUAACAGGCUCUACCAUCUCCAGUAUUCCAAGCACCCAGCCUAUUGUCAGAGUAAUCCAGGUUCCCAGUACUGGAGGGAUGGGAAUAAGUAAGCCUAUGAUCGGCAUGACAACUGGACUCAGCAAGCCAUCAGCCUCUGUUGCCUCUGUGUCAAGUGGGACGUCAGUCUUGAAGAUCCCUAUCAGCACGACAACACAGUCAUCAGCUAUAACAUCAACAACACAAGGUGGAAAGAUUUUGUCCCAGGCACCAGCAAAGUCGGUGACUACAUCAUCAAGCAAGACUGUUGUCAUGUCAACCAUAGUGGGCGGAACAAAGAAGGUGGUGUUGUCGGUACCUGCACCGGUAACUCCUAUCAAGGCUAAACCCAGUGCCGUUGUUGCUACAAGUAGUGCUGCCAAAUCAACAGGUAUUGGCAGCCAGCUAAGUCAGUCUCCUAGUGAGAAAAAGAAAGCAGCAGAAAAACCUGCUAAGAUCACAACAGUACCAUCAUUGGAAUGUACUGAAACAAGCAGUUUUCUAAAAGCCCCACAAGCUACCAUACCUAAAACAGGUGCAGCCUCAACACUCUCCAGCCAGGGGAGAACAAGACCUCUACAGACCCUCUUGCCUGCCCCACCUAAGCCAACUGCUGUUACUUCCACUACACCUCUGCCUAGUGCACCGACAGGAAGAAAAUUGCCGCAGAUUCUCCCUGCUCCUGCUAAGACAACUGUCCUGGUUCCUUUAGCUACUCCAGCUACACAAACAGUUGGUAGUACGACUCUAGUUUCGACAGCAGUGGUGUCUACAGGUGGCUCUAAUUCCAAGGUGCCUAUGGUUCAGUUAAUGUCAAAAUCAACUGCGCCUCCUGUGGUAUCAAAAUUGAGUUUCACCAAUGCUUUCCCAGGUUCUAGUACCAGUGUUUCUCCUGCAGGAAGCCAAGCAAAAACAUCUUUGACACAUUCAGGGUUAAUUCCUCAAGUAACCAAUGAAUCUCCGGGCUCCCUUGUGGAAACAUUACCAACAGUACCUGUUGUUUUGGAUAACACAGUUAAUCUUGUUAUCCCAAAGAGCAAUGCCAGCUUUACAGAUACCCAGAAAGAGCCGACUGACCAAGAAAGCAGAGCACAUGAUGAUAAACCAGAGGAACAAGAGCCAUCAAAAGCUGAUCACUUAAAAACAGAAGGUGAUAAUAAUACCUCAUCUGAAGAUGAUUCCCUGCUUGUUUGCUCAGAGACUAGUCUACAGGAUGGUCCCCUCACACCUGAAGAAAUAUCCCCUGAAGAUAGAGCUGGAAAUCUUACUUCUUCUCCGGUGCAACCACUUCAAGCUACAAGUAUUUCUUCUAGAUCACUACUUGCUGCCCAUAAURAUAGUGGCCAUGAAAAAUGUACCUCCACAUUUUUGAGCAACGAAAAUGUUACAGAUUUUCAAGGAAAGACCACUCCAGAAGUGAAUGAUUCAAGUAAAAUUGUGAAUGAUAUCCUCAAUGACUUAGAUUCUGUUCAUGACCUCAAAGAAAAGUCCCAGGCAAAACCAUGUGAAAAACAGCCUUCAGCACUGAACGAUAGAGAUUUUGAAAAAUGUAAAGAAUUAGAAGAGGUAAAAAAUAUCUCACUACAAGAAGGACUGGGUGGGAAAAAUCUUGCCAUGGAUGAUGUAAAGGACUUUGGUGCAGUCAGUUCUUUUCUCCUGAAUUUUGUUGGUGAAAAUAUGAGUGAUCAAAAUGCAAGCAAUUCUUCAGAGAGCAGUUCUGUCUCCUCUGGUUUGGAUUCUAAAGAAUUACAAGAAGUAAACGUGGGCUUGAAGCCUGACCAAACAAAUGAAAUUUUAGCUGAAUCCAAACAGCAAAACGAAGGAUUAAAAACAACGGUACAAUUUUCUCCCGAGAGUAGAGUUUUUUCAGGGAACUUGGAUAUUAGUAGCAUAUCUUUGAAUAUAUCAAGUACUAGCAAAGCAGAGGAAAGUUUACAGAACAAAGUAAAUCAUGAUGGGUUUUCACUUGAAAAUAUACAUUCACAUUCAAACAAGGUUGACCACGAUUUGAAGGAUCUCCCUCAGAAUUUAUUCGGUUGUUCAACGAGCUCCAAAGAGAGCUUGUGCAAUCAGAGCUCUGCAACUUUUGUCCAAAGCUCUGUUGAACAAAGUUUAGUUGAGAACUCAAAUCAGUAUCAUCUAAAAGACUCAGUGCAGUGUCCUAGUGAGCAAAGCAUGAAAGACUUGCCUCAGACUUCUGUAAACUCAGACAUUAUUGGUAAUAUGCUGGCUGCACAUGCAAGCUCUAGUUCAGCUGAGCAUGAAGAAGGCCUGACUGAAAGUGAAAGACUUGCUUUAGAAGCUAUUGCUAAUGUCAGAACAAGUGGAAGAAAGAGGAAACCUCCAACAAUUCUUUCUCUGUCUCCACCGAGACAAACUAGUGGAUGGAUAAGGGGUGCUCUAAGCUUACUCCAAAAAGUGUGUGGCUACCGUGGUCAAGGUAGAAAAAAGGGAGAUCACAGUCCAGUAACAUGGUUCCUUAGACCAGUUGAUCCAAAUGAGGCUCCAGGAUAUCUCAAGGUUAUCAAAACUCCCAUGGAUUUUAGCACCAUCAAGUCAAAACUGGAGGCCGGCUUGUACAAGGAUUAUACAGAAUUUUAUGAUGACAUGAUACUGACCAAGACAAACUGUUUUAAGUACAACCCUCCAGGACAUGAUAUAAGGAAGGACUGUGAAGAGGUUUUUCACUACUUUGAAACAGAAUAUGAAAAAAUGUUGGAAAGAUGGGAAAAGUGUCAUGUGUCUCCAGCAAAGAAGCCUCGCACAAUGCCAAAGUCAGAAUUUGCCACAUCCAUGUCCUGUUAGGUAAAUCUGAAUUAUACCUUAGAAGGCACAACUGUUACUGAACUCUGAUUGGCUACUUGCUUACGAAGAAAAAAUUACUACCCCAUGUAAACCACAUUUUGCUAUGUUUCAGGGCUUAAAAUAACAGCAAGUAAUCUGACAAUGUCUGGUCAGAACUGGAACCUGUCCUGUCAAAUUUUUGUCUUGCCUGUCAUUUUGAUCAGUAAGGUUGAGUCAGAAACAAGGUAUGACUGAGCUAAAACAGAUUUGGCCAGUGAGCAUAAGCAACAACUGACCAAACAUUAUUUUAAGCCCUGUUUUUUGGUCAGGAAUUGUGUCUGCUGGUAAAAACCAGUGAUAGUUCCUUCUAAAAUGAUGCUUAGUAAUUCUAGAAUUUUUCAAAUAGUCCUCAUCACUUGGCAACUUGAUCAAGGAUGAGUAGCUUUGAGAAACUAAUCCUUUCAGUCUGUGUAGACCAAAUGCAAUAACAUGACAAAAGUAACUUGUACAAAUAACUUAUUUUACACUUUAAUUUGUAACCAAUUCUGAAGUAUAUUAUUAUCUUAAAAGAUUCAUUCAAAGAGAUUUAAUAUUAAUAACCAUAAUUACAUAUUUGUAAAGUGUACAAAAUGUAUUUCUAAAAACAACAAGAGGUGAUACCAAUAAUAGUAUUCUGUAAUAACUAUAUGGUAAUGAUGUAUAUUGAAAUUCUGCUAAAAGUUUGAUAUCAUUAUGCAAUCCCAUUCCAAACAGUGAGCAUGCACCAGUGCUAGUCUAACAAUCUGAUUGUUUUUAUAUGAUCUUUAAUUGUAAGGCACAACCUAGGUAGAGCAGUUUGUUUGCUUUAAUUUCAAGUGAUCAUUAAUUUGCAAAAUAACAUUUUUAUGCUACUACUAGAAAGGUACUGCUAGAAGAGGUAUUUUGCGAAUUUCUUAGAAGUAAAGUUCCUGCAAUUCUCAUCAGUUUUUCAUGGUAUUAACCAUUUAAACCAUGCUUAUAUUUUAUCAUAAUUUAGCAUUCCACAAGCCUUUAUGCUUGAGUACUAUUUAGUCCAUGUAAAUAAUUAUAUAAUAGUGUAUGAUAACAUAGUAACGUUCAAGCUACUAAAUAUGAUCAUGAAAUAUUUGAGUACGCUAAACUUUGAACAGUUUUCAUUGAAUUGAACAGUUCAUUGAAACUUGAAGAAGAUAGAUUCACCUGUAGGUGACUUUCUUUAGAGAAAAGGAUGCAUGACUUUUUACUUCUUCUUCUUCUCUUUAUGUGGUAUCAUUUGUUGAUAUUUAGCUGAAUAUAUAAAAUCACCACUGCUCUGUAUUCUAAAUCUGUAUUCUAGACACGCUGCAAUAGACCAGUUUUGAGUUCCAAAUUUCUGCUGUCUUCCUUGAUCACAGACUCAUUUACACAUGGUUAGCCUCGUAUCAGUAUCUAAAUAUUCACAAAUACCAGCUGUAAAGUAAUAAAGAAUGCACAACUUCAACAAUACAAACACUAUGAAAUUCAUGGCCCUUUACUGGAACACAUAAAUAUUCUGCACAAAAGCGAGGCUAACCCUUUGUAUAUGAGUUUGUAAUCAAGGAACACAGCUCUUAUUUGAAACUCGAUGGUCUUUUUAUCCAGCUUGCUUGGGCAGUGCAAUUCAAAAUUGAUGACAAAACGAAUCAAUUUAAAAAAAUCAAAGUCAUAGAACUUCUUUGAAAAAUUGAUUAUCCACAUGAAGAGAGCAUAAAUAAGAGAGUGAAACUUCUAAAUAACGCACUCUUUCUGUUAAUUAUUGUUUUGAUCACUAAAAAUGAAAUGGAAAGAGAAUGUGCACGCAAGUUGAUGGCGCAUAUGAGUAGGGUAAGGUGAAAUUUAAACUGCAUCCGGUCACUAAAAAUAGCCCAUCCGGCAAAUUUACAUAGCACAUGGGUUAUUAAGAAGUUUCCCUCUCAUUUAUGCUCUCUUGUUAUUCUCUGAUAGGAUUAAGACCUAGAGUUUUACUGCUUUCGGGCUCCCUGUGCUGUUGAUGUUACCACAGGAAGCCCAUAAGGAAAGUGUAUCAUAGAUUUUAGGAAAAAAGCUGUUUGCUAAGUUAGCUUCAAUACGGUGGUUUAAUUUUAGUUGUUAGUGGUACCUGCUGAUUGUGUGGUGAUGCAUGACCCCUGCCUUCGAGCUGCCUUACAUGACCCCUUACAUGCAUGUGACGUCAAAGCAACUCAAUUUGGAGGACAGAACAAAAGAAUUUUAAUCUCAUUAGAAUUGGAAACCUAUUGGGAUGUCCUCCAAAUCAAGCUGCAUUACGACAUACUACAAGGGGUCUAUAUGUUCAAAUUAAAUAUUUGAUAGCUUUUAGACUGUGCAGACCUUAGAUGUAAAAUAUAAAUUCCAAUAUUGCAAGCAUUUUGUUAUCAUUAUUGACAUUUAUGAUCAGAUUCUUUUUAGAAAAGUCAAACAAAAAGAGCACAAACUUAUCUUUUAAGAGUGUGGUAAAAGUGUGGUCAAGUUUAACACUUUAUUUCAUAUGUAAGGAAAUUAUUUUCAUCAACAUGUGCCCCUCCCAUGCUGCAGCCAUGUUUUCUGAAACAGUAGAUUUUUCUCCUUGUAUAAGCCUCACUUUUAAAACUCCAGAUUGAGUUUAUGUAGGUUUAUACAAGGGAGCACAUUAAAAUUUUGAUUGUGUUGGUUUAUCUUCGAUUUUAUCGCACAUAUUCUAAGAUAUAGCAGGCGUUCCUUGUAGUGAUUGUUUGCGUGCGCGCGCGYUACACUUCAUGGCAGGCGUUCCUUGCUUUAGUCGGGCUAGCGAAUUUACUCCGAAAACCGACAAAUAUCUUGCUAGGAGAUCGUAAGCCAUUCGGAUCGGCCGAAACCAAAACACUACGAGGAACGCCUGUCACAAGAUGGAUUGCGCGCGCUAGAUAGAUCAACCAAGAUCAAUGACUUUCCUUAUACAAACAAAAUUUCAAUGUGCUCCCUUGGUUUAUAAGGUUUUUAUUCUCAUAGCACAGAACAUGGCUGCUGCAAGAUUAAGGUCCAUGUUUCUAAAAUGAAAAUGUAGGAACAUUGAAAUCUGUACCACACAGGUUGUUGGAAAUCAACAUUGUCACAUGCACAGAAUUGAUUUUGCAAUAACGUAAAAGGGUUUUUAAUUGAUAGAUGUCAAUCAAAUGUUUCAAUGACAUUCCAUAGGCCUGUGCCCUCAAAAACUUUGUUUUUUUCUAACAAUGUCAUGGAAACACUUUGAUUGAUGUCACUAACACCCUAUUUCAUCGAAAUAGCAAAUUAUAUGAUAUUUCUGUAAAAAAAAAUAAUAUCAAGAAAUUGUAUUGUAAAAUUUUACRUUUUUGUCUUCCUGCAAUAAUAUUUUCAUAAACAUGCAAACUCUGUAUCUGUGAGGUGCACACUGAAAUUUGGUUUUUCGCUGCCUUCAAUCAAAAAUAAUCAGUUGGUACCUUUCAUAUUUUUGACUGGCAGCAGCAAAAAAAAACAAAUUUCAGCCUGCAGCUUGGAGACACAGUUUUCAUGUUCACGGAAAUUACAGUAAUUGGUCCACUGUCUUUAAAUCCAUUGUGUGUAGUUCCAGAAAAUAUCCAUACCCCACCCAUGGUUGGAAUUGGAAAUUCUGGAAGGGAGGGGGGUCAGAGAAAGAACAAUAUUACAGAUUUUCUAAAAAAGGAAAUUGGAAACUCCUGGGGGUAGUGGGGAAGGGGCAUUUUGCAAAUUCCCUCUGUGGUAGGAAUAUGAUYAUUUUCUGGAACUACACAAUAUCAAAAGUGUACAGGUAUCACCAAAUGAAAUCUUUAAUAAAACUGGCUGUUUUACUGGAA